CGCGCGCCGGCCGUCCGGCAGCGAAGCCGCCCCGUUCAGCUCAGCACGGCGAGGGAUUGAAUCCAGUCCGCAAGCGGCCGCGCUCUCUCCUCCGACGAGAAGCGAUUCUUCCACCCCCCGCCCCCCACCUUCCGCGCGAGGAGCGACGACUGUAGCGCGCGCCCGCGCACCGCCGAGCGGCUGGCCCGCACGCACUCAAAAAAGAGAGGAGCGACUCGGAAAACUUUCUCGCGGUGACCGGGGUAUAUCGAUUUGGAUGCCGCUCGAGUUACCGCGCGCACAACCCUUCGCUGCCGAUCUCCAGUUGUCGCGGGAUUAACUUCUGCGCUCUCUCUCUCCUCCGUGUUCAGGCGGGGGGUCCGACGAUCCAACGAGAGAGCAAGUGCGCGCCGCGUGUGGAGGAAGGGAAAACAGUAAAACGUGCAUCGGGAAUUUUCGGCGGCGUGCGACGACUCCACCGACUCGACCAGCUGGACAGCGACAAAGCGGCGAGGCAUCAAGCGGCCCUUCGACGAGGUUACCACUACCACCACUACUACUACUACUGCUACUGAAGAUAUAGAGGAAAGGCCAUCAUGGUUGACACGGUGAUAACGGUGAAGCUUCAGCGCGGAGAAGGCACCUCCUGGGGCUUCCGGCUCGCUGGCGGCAAAGACUUUGGAUACCCGCUCUCUGUUCAACGGGUGAACCCCGGCAGCCUGGCGGAAAAGGGUGGCUUGCAGACUGGAGACGCCCUGCUAAGCAUCCAGGGCAAGUCGACCGAUCAGAUGCGUCACAAGGAAGCCCAGGACGCCAUCAUGCGUGCCGGAAACUACCUGGAGCUGCAGGUUCAGAGGGGCGCCAGCAUGACAUGGAAACCCAAGGUGACGCCCGUCGGGUCGAUGCCGAAGCCCAGCCCCAUGAGCAAUGGUGGACCAGCCCCGGUUACGAAGACGUCUCUGGCUGCCAACAAACAGCCAUACAAGCCGGUGGGUACUGGGCACAACACGGCAGCCAAGCCUUUCGGCGGCACGAUGCAGGCAGUGGUGCACAACCAAUACAACUCCCCGAUGCCCGUGUACUCCAUGAACAACAUUGCUGACACGCUUUCUGCACAGACGGAGGUGCUCACAUCUGGCGCCGUUGGCAUAAACUUCAUGAAGGGAGACAAACCGCUGAACAAGGAGUCGGCCGUGUACCGCAUGGUUCUGGAGGAAGACAAGCACCCAAAAGGUGAUGAGAGCGACCUGAUCAGUGUCUCCGAAACGCGGACGCAAUCGCUCGCCUUCCGCAAGCUGCUGGCUGUGCUCGGCGAUGACGAUGACUGCCUGCGCUCAUCCUCGCAUGACGUCACAGACUUCUCAAGUGGCGGUAGCAGCAGCCCCGCGCCGGGUGGGCCCUCACCUGUGGCGGCCAGCAGCCCGACGCCGGCACCUAUGGUCAACCUUCGCCACGUGGAGGCCCCCAAGACGGCUCCCGCACCACCGGCUGGUCAGCCCAACACCUCCGUGGGCGCCCCCAACACGUGCGCCGACUGCGGAAGGCUCAUCGUAGGUGUGUUCGUUCGCAUCAAGGAUCGCGCCCUGCACGCCGAAUGUUUCCGUUGCGCCACCUGUGGAACGUCUCUGAAGAAUAUAGGCUACUUCAACAUCAAGGAUAAGCUGUACUGCGACAUCCACGCGAAGCAGGCCGCCCGCCACAUCGCGCCUGGGAGCAACCUGGAGCCAGUGCCCGUUCCUCCGGGCGGCCACAUCCCGCAGGGAGUGCCGCUGGCCCCCGCACCGGCCCCCGCACCGGCCCCGGUGGCCGUAGCCCCGAGGGCUCCCGCCGGAGCCUCCUCUCCGAUGUACACGCCGCCGGCGCCCAAGUUCACGCCGGCUGCUCCGUACACGCCGAGCCAGGCGGCGCCCGCCGCGCACUCGCCGGUAGCGGCCGCUCCGCUGGCCGACCAGCCGCCGCCGCCACCCGACAGCCCCGGCAUCUGCUAUGACUCCCCCGUUGCCAUGGGCCGGUCCGAUUUCCGCCAGGCGUCAACGCAUUCGCCCAUGGCGGGUUCUAAGCCGCAGACUCCACAGUCAGCGAAGACGUCUCCGCCGUUCGGUGGCAUGACACCGCUGCAUCCCGUGACAGCGCCUGUGGCCGACGCUCACCGUCCGAUACCAGCUGCCACAGAGCCCCCCGCUUCUUACACAAAUGGCGUCGGAAACGGACAUGCGCACGAAGAACCAGAACUCGAAGACCUCUUGGAAUGUCUCUCCCAAGGAGCGGGGUCCAGGCCGGCGCCCAAGAGAGGCCGCGGAAAGCUGACGCAGGCCAUCGGCGGCAAGAUACCCAUCUGCUCCAGCUGCGGAUCACCCAUUAGGGGGCCGUUUGUGACAGCGCUAGGACGCAACUGGUGCCCGGAUCACUUCUUGUGCUCCAAUGGUAGCUGCCGCAAGUCGCUCCAGGACAUCGGCUUCGUCGAGGAGCAGGGAAAAUUGUACUGCGAACACUGCUACGAAUGCUACAUGGCACCCAUUUGUAGGAAGUGUGGACAUCGCAUCAAGGGCGAUUGUCUGAAUGCUCUUGAGCAGACUUGGCACCCCGAUUGCUUCGUGUGCACAUACUGCAAAACAGCUUUUGGAAACAGCUCGUUCUACCUCGAAGACGGAAUGCCCUACUGCGAAAAAGACUGGAACGAGCUCUUCACCACCAAGUGCGUGGGCUGCGGAUUCCCGAUCGAGGCCGGAGAUCGCUGGGUUGAAGCGCUGAACAACAACUACCACUCCCAGUGCUUCAAGUGCACGAUCUGCCAGAAAAACCUGGAGGGUCAAAGCUUCUUUGCUAAAGGAGGACGGCCCUUCUGUAAGGCGCACGCUCGCUAAGCAGGUCUCUUGGGCAAGAAGAUGGACUCAGCGCCUAUGGGGCAUUCGCAGUGGCAUUUGGAGUCAUCAAGCACAAGAUAAAUAACGAGAAAUAGAGAGAGAAACAAAGAUGUCUAUAGCCAGCGUUACACAGUUCCGUGAAGCCGCUUCGCCAGAUAAUUUCAGCGCAGAACUAUGAGUAAAAGUUUCACAAGAACGGCUCAGUGGUCAAGCGAAGCAGCUCGAGCGGAUGAAAAGGGGCCGAUUGCAAUCGUCUAGUCGACUGUGGGUCUUUGCGAUUAUUAGUUUGCUCAGAGCUGCUACGCGCUGGGACAUGAAGCUUUUUCUUUAUUUUACUUGAAGCCGCAUCUCUCUUAGCGUUUCAGGGAUGAACAAGGAACGAAAUUGAAACGAGAAACGUGCUUUUUAUAUUUUAAAACAAAAAGAUAAGCUUCCAGGAGAAUAUCAAACCGCUGCUGAAUUCGCCAUUGCUUUUAUGGCAUUGUUAUACAAGCUGUGUUGAAGAAAAGAACAUGAUUUAGGCACAGUUACGCUACGUUAUACGAAACAUACAGGUUUCUUGCUUUUAUUUUUCUUCUUUUGCUAUGGCGAGAGGGUGAUGAAGAGGGCAGCGUAUUUUGCUGACGUUGCAUUCACUUUAAAAAGAAUGGGCUCCGGGCAAGAAGACAGGAGCAGGUGCAGAAAGCUACGAGGUUCACAAAACGACCGAUAUUUCUUGAAAAAGUGAUUUUCUCAUAGGGCGACAAGCUGGCUUGAACGUUGUCAAACAUUUUUUCUUUGUAUCGCUCACAAAUACCAUGUUCUCUGCUUGCAUGAAAUAAUGGCAUAGACAGAAGAGCCUUGGGCAUAUUGCAUCACUUUAUGUCAUAAUGAUUUCACUGGGGUCAAAGAAAAAAAAAAAGAUGGAUACCACGUUUUUGGCGAAGGAUAAACUAGGUGUCCGGGAAAGCAUCAAUGCCGGUAGAAACCAGACAGGCAAAGAAACAUGAAUGAGAAGAUACCCCAUAUAACGCUACGAUCUUUUGCGCCUGCACAAGGUGACAGCUGCGAGUGGCUUAAACAUUCUUCUAAUCAAUGUCGUAGGAAGAAGGCGGUUCAACUAAACAAAAUAUUAACAAUUAGAAGCGAGAAAUAGAGCAAGCUGAAACGCGAUCUUUACUUCAGUGAGGCGAAACUGAAUGGGCGCAAACAUGCACGCCAAAAUAAAACGUACUUAACAAAUGGCGCUGCAUUCGUCGAGUUCGUCUAUACACUUGUUCGUGCCUUUAUGCUUUGCUAACGUCCGGUGUGCUGCAUGUUUUCGUUUUUGUUUUUGCUGGGUCUCGUACCCAAUGGAAGUUCUAGUCGUCUUAUUUGUUACUUUUGUUGUAGGCAUCAUUUACUGUAUUACAGCAACCAUCGUACCAAGCCGUUGGGAAGGCGUCGUGAGAAGGCGAAAUGCUUAGAUGUGUCUGCUUACUCCGUCACGCGGUCUUAUAUGUGCCAUACUUGAACAGGCGGCAUGUCUAAUCCCCCCCUCUUACCCUCCCCCGUUUUUCUCCAUCCACGAGGCUCGUGCUUUGCGCCUCAACGCUGAUGAAGUGUGUACAACGAAUAAAGAUGAUACUAAUAACUGUUACAAA